AUGGGUGACGCAAUUGAGAAUGAAGAUUGCGAAAGUGCACCCUUGUUGAAAGCUGAUCAAUCAUCGGUUAUUCGUAAUUAUGAAGGUCUUGAUGAUCAGAACACUAUCAAUACUCCUGAGGAGUAUGUGAGUCGAGAUGAGGAGUGCCAUAUGGUACCACAAGAACAGAGUAUUUCAGAUACAUCAGGGGAGUCAUCUGAUACGACUCGUCUUUUAGAACCUAGCGUCCCAUGUCGGGUCUGUUCGGCUCUCAUUACUAUUGAUAACAAGAGCAGACAUCAUGUAGUCAGAUGUGUUCAUUGCAAUGAAGCAACACCAAUUCGUCCUGCACCACCUGGUAAAAAAUACGUACGUUGUCCAUGCCACUGUCUUUUGCUGUGUAAAGCUUCAUCAAAUCGUAUCGCGUGUCCUCGUCUCAGUUGCAGGCGUGUUAUCACUUUAGGUGAUAGCGUACCCUUGGGACAUGCUAUUAGAGCUCCAACUGGAACAUGCCGAAUUGUCUGUGGUCAUUGUCACGAAGUGUUCAUGUUCAAUACCCUUAGCAUCACCGUUGCGAAAUGCCCUCACUGCAAAAAGAUUUCGUCUGUGGGUCGUGAUUACGCUCGUAAUCGCGCAGUCAUUCACAUUGUAUGUUCAGUGGUAUCCGUGGUGGCAUUAAUUGGUUUGAUGAUAGGAACAUGGAAUAUGGCAAAAUCGGCGCCAUUUAUCUAUUUAAUCUGGCUUUUUGUCGUUAUUAUUGGAGUAGCGUUAUUUAUUCGUUUUAUCUUUUUCGUUACUUUGAAAACCAGUACAGUUCUUGGUCCUCUAGGAUGA